GUACACAAGCUCCGGCGGCUGCUGGAAUCUCUCUGCCUGCAGUGCGGUUGCGAAACGCGUCGCCGUUAAAACCAGCGGGCGCGGGGCUGGCCGGUAACUCUGGCCGAAGACGCUGUCCGAGCGCGAGCAGCAUGCAACGGCGCUGCCACCUGUCCGUACUGCAUCACUAACACUUGCCGGAUCCCCCGAGCGGAACCAUGAGCGGGAGUGUCGGAUGGUCUCGCGGUGCGUCUCUGUGGCGAGUGCUGUUCGUCUCCUGUCUGCUACUCACUGCCGCGAGAGGACAGAAUGAUGCCGAGGACCAAGUGGACAGUGAAAUCGAUAGGCUAGACAAGCAGAAGCACUCUGGACUUACGAUCCUCGGGAAAGUAGUAGAAGCGUUCGUGAAGCUAUCGGCGCCGCGGAUGGGAGGAUUGAGUGGCAACAGUAGUAACGGGAACGGAAGCACGUGGUUGUACGGCGACAAUGCACUGUGGCGGCAGCUCUUCACCAGCUGUGGGUCGGACUUGGGACUGCGCUGCGUCAAGAAGAACGUCUUUCUGUAUCUGGACAGGACUGUUAGCACCGUCGGUGACUUGCACAUCACCGACAGCCUCGUCUUCACCAGGAAUGGCGACCUGGUGGAGAACAAAUACUCGAGGGGCAGCAACGAAUUGGAGGACACCGACGACGAAACGGAGGCGGGGCGGUCGUCGUCCGUCGACACGUUCGCCGGCGUGACGGACGCGCUGUACGACAAGGGCGCGGCCUUCCUGCAGACGCACGACCUGACGCUGCAGCUGCCGGAGACGCUGUUCGGCGGCGCCGUGCUGCGCCUCUCGCCGCGCGCCAUCUCGCAAGAUGGCGGCGCCCUCAUUACCGUCGAACCGCGGCACGACGCCGCGGAGCCCAGGAUAUUCUUCAAGAAGCACAAGUAUUUCAAGAAGAAGCUGAUGAUGAGCUUCUUCGCGCUGCUGAUGGUGAUCAAGAUGAUCAAGGUGAAGCUGAUGUUCCUGCUGCCCGCGCUGCUGGGCGCCGGCGCCGCCAAGAAGCUCUUCCUCAAGGUGCUGCUCUUCCUCUUCCCCGCCUUCGCCGGCCUCUUCAAGUUCUGCGCCUACUACCACGGCCUGCACGCCUCCAAGUACCACCACCAUCACCACCAGAUCGCGCACCACCACCACCACGUGCCGGUGCCGGUGCCGGUGCCAGUGCCGGUGCACCACACGGAGCACCACAUAGAACACCCGCCCGAGGUGUACCACACGGAGCACCACGCGCCCUGGGAGUCCGGCCCCAGCGGGCACGACUACGUGAGCCGCGGCGACUUCGCGGCCGCGGCGGCCGCCAUCCGCCACAACGAGCAGGAGCUGGCCAGCUGGGGGCUGGACGCCCACAGCCUCGCCUACGGCGGCCAGCUCGACGAGCAGCGCAUCUCCCGCAGCCCCGCAUCCAGUAACUCUGCGGGAGCACCGACGGCGGCAUCGGUGGGUGCGCGGCCGUCUCCCGUGUACAACCCCGCCGUCGCUACGCACACCAAGGCGUCUUCAGCGGAGGCGCAGAGCGACCGGCGCACCGACCUCACCAAGCUGUACCAGCUGCGCCUGCAGCAGCGGCAGCAGCUCCAACAGCAGCAACAGCUCCAGCAGCAACAGCUGCUGCAACAGCAGCAGAGCAGGAUACGCCUCCAGGUGCUGACGCCGAAGCCGCCGCCGGCGGCCACGACGGUGCAGGUGGCGUACGACCCGUUCUACAGCCCCAUCCUGCAGCGCAUGGACAACGUGUUCGCGCAGCUCGGCUUUAACGAGGAGGCGUGCCGCGAACGGCUAGUCUGCAGCAUGUACAAGCGGCCGGCACGCUACAGCCCACACAGCAACCUCGUCUCCAACGAACUUAGCAGGGACCCCGAGGAGCUGCAGCGGCCCGCGGUGGCCAACUCGGCGGUGGCGCGCUUCCACCGCUACGUGCAGGCGGCCCGCGACGGCCAAGACCAGAAGGACUGCCUGGCGCUGUACCCGGCCUGCACCGUCAACACCGAGCUGUGACCCAGUGACCGCGACCAGCCCCUCCAGGAACUGGAAUGGCUCAGCCACCUGGACGCCGGCCAACCUGCCCAGACAGAAUCCGCAAAACACACUCGCAGUGGAGUCUGCCGCAGCGGCUUCUACCUUUCGGACGGGAAAAACCAGGACGGGAAAAACCAGUCUGCCCUUCUAGCAUUCCAGUCGUUUCCUCAGAACCGUCACUGAAUCACUCCCUGCACUAGACUGUUUGUUUCAUUUAACCGUAAUGUCGAAGCAUGGAACAUUUCUCUCGCGCAUUCAGUACAACAUCCCAUACCUGCUGUGCAUGGUCUCAUUGGUCCCUCGGCCAGAACUAAUGUAAGCAGUUAUACCGCUUCACUGCAGAAUCCUGAUGGCGAAAAUCCAAAACAUCAGACAUACGAUAUCACAGACUGAUUACCGUGUUUGAGUCAAUUAUGGUUCGUACUUCGAUUAGUACGAACUGUAAUCAGGUGCUGUUAAGUGAUAAUGGACCUAAGUGAUCUUUCUACAUCCCUCUAGAACUGCUCAAAACACCGUCACUGAUAGCAGUGUGUUUUUGACGAACUGUAUCUGAAUAUUUAAGAAUUCGAAAACGUUAGAAGCCCUACUUCCUUGGCAGUGGAGUAAGACAAACUGAUAUUUUCUUGUUACAAGAGAAAAUCGUGGCCAGCAACUCUACCAAAUAACAAUCGAUGAAUAAGAGAUUUAGGAGCGGAAGUAGUAACAAAUUAGAAUGCGUUGAAGUGAGUCCAGCUUGUGCCGUUGUCUAAGUAAUCUUUACAGCUCUUACUUCAACUGCCUGGUGGUGUCGGGGUGCUGCAAUACUGAUUAGCCGUUUACUGUAAUAACCGAAAGCUGCUUUUUUUU